AUGUCGUCUUGGAAAAAAGCUUCUAAGGCUAACCAAAAAACACAUCGCGAAAGGCACCAACCCGCCUCUCGAAAACAUUUGGGGUUACUUGAAAAGAAAGAAGAUUACAAGAAAAGAGCAAAUGAUUACCACAAAAAGGGAGAGACGCUUAAACUUAUACGCAAAAGGGCGCUUGAUAAAAAUCCAGAUGAGUUCUACUAUCACAUGAUAAAUUCGCGUAUGAAGAAUGGGGUACACCAUGAGUUAGCGAAAGAUGAUGAACAUUCCAAAGAACAAAUACAGUUAAUGCAGUCUCAAGAUAUCAAGUAUGUGAACAUGAAACGCAUUAUGGAAAGCCGCAGUAUUCAACGGUUACAGUCAGAAUUACACAUGUCAGAUGUAGCGGAUUCUACUCCUAACACACACAUAUUCUUUGUGGAUGAGGGGGAAGAAAAGGACUUUGAUAUUGCCAAAAGACUGGAUACACAUCCAGCUCUCAUUAAUAGAAAAUCAAAUAGACCUAGGAUGUCUGAUCUUCAUAAAUUAAAAUUGCCCGUAGUUGACGAAAAGACACUUGAAUCUGCAAAGAAAGCUAAAGAAGCAACUUACAAGGAACUAUCUAAGAGAAUUGAGAGGGAAAAGUUUUUGACAGUCACCCAACAGAAAAUGGAAAUAAAAAGACAUCUUCAAGACGCCAAAUAUCUGAAACCUAAGAAAAUACAUAAAGGUACUGCAGUUUCUGCGCCAGUUUAUGAAUUCCAAUAUAACAGAAAGAAAUAA